AUGGAGGAUUUCCGGGCGGCCAACGACCGGAUGUACAACAACGCCGGGGAAUGGAACUACGACGAGCCGACCAACAACGUCGGGCUGGCCGUCUUCUCCCACGACGUCGCCAAACUCGAGCCGCCGCCGGGGCGGGCGAACAAACUGAUCGUGGCCUCGACCGGCUCGCCGUUGCCGAUUGUGGUGUCGUCAGCGGCGGCGAGGAACUACCGGCAGGCGUACAAGAAGGCGAGGGCGAGGAGCGAGGCGGAGGCGAAGCGGCAGAAGAGGGUGGUGAAGUACCGAUCGUACGCGACGGAGAGUCGGAUGAGGGCGUCGGUGAAUAGCGGGCUGCGGUGGUUGAAGAACCUCGUCCGUUGA